UGCCGGGACAUGGCGGCUGCCGGUGCUAGGUCCUUGAGUUGAUAGCCCGCUGAUAGUUGCCAACUGCCCCCGUCGGCUGUCCGUGCGGGCCGGGCCCAGGCGCUGCCGGGACGGUGAGGAGCCGCGGCCGCCGAGGAGGAGGAAGUGGCUGCCGCAGGAGGCCGUCUCGGCCGGCACAUGGCGUCCAUCUUGCUGAGAAGCUGUCGCGGCCGGGGCCCAGCUCGCCUCCCGCCGCCCCGCGCCGCAGCCCCGCGGGGUAGUCUGGGGCACCGGCAUCGUGCUUGUCUCAGUUGUGCCAGCACCGUGGGGCUGAUAAGCCGCCUGAAUAUUCCAUCUGGCUGCUGCUUUCCAGCCCACCCUGUGUACCUCUGCUUCAGAGAUGAGCCCCUCAGUGUUUGGACUUUGAGGCCCAAGCACCCACGCACAGCAGCAAGAGUGCCAUGGACCCCCACUUCAGCAGGCUUGGUUGUUACGGGACCUCAGUACCUUUCUAUUCGAGGCUGGCACUCAUCACCCCCCCUUAGUGAUGAUUCUGUGGUGGAGAAGUCCCUCAAAUCCUUAAAGGACAAGAAUAAGAAGCUGGAGGAAGGUGGCCCUGUGUACAGCCCACCAGCUGAGGUGGUGGUGAAGAAGUCUCUUGGGCAGAAGGUGUUGGAUGAGCUGAAGCAUUACUACCAUGGCUUCCGUUUGCUCUGGAUUGAUACCAAGAUUGCAGCACGCAUGCUCUGGCGCAUCCUCAACGGCCACACCCUGACCCGCCGGGAGCGCAGGCAGUUUCUCCGGAUCUGUGCUGACCUCUUCAGACUGGUCCCUUUCCUGGUCUUCGUGGUGGUACCUUUUAUGGAGUUUCUGCUGCCUGUGGCCGUGAAGCUCUUCCCCAACAUGCUGCCAUCCACCUUUGAGACCCAGUCCAUCAAGGAGGAGAGGCUGAAGAAGGAGCUACGGGUCAAGCUGGAGCUGGCCAAGUUCCUACAAGACACGAUUGAGGAGAUGGCCCUGAAGAACAAGGCAGCCAAGGGAAACGCCACCAAAGACUUCUCUGCAUUUUUCCAGAAGAUCCGGGAGACAGGAGAAAGACCCAGCAAUGAGGAAAUCAUGCGGUUUUCCAAAUUGUUUGAGGAUGAGCUGACUCUGGAUAACCUCACACGACCGCAACUGGUGGCACUGUGCAGGCUGCUGGAACUCCAAUCCAUCGGCACCAACAACUUUCUGCGCUUCCAGCUCACCAUGAGGCUAAGGUCCAUAAAGGCUGAUGACAAGCUGAUUGCUGAGGAAGGGGUGGACAGCCUGAACGUCAAGGAACUGCAGGCAGCGUGUCGGGCGCGAGGCAUGCGGGCCCUUGGCGUCACAGAAGACCGUUUGCGGGGCCAGUUGAAGCAGUGGCUGGACCUGCACCUGCACCACGAGAUCCCCACGUCACUGCUCAUCCUGUCCCGAGCCAUGUACCUCCCAGACACUCUCUCGCCUGCUGACCAGCUCAAAUCCACACUGCAAACCCUCCCGGAAAUUGUGGCAAAGGAAGCCCAGAUGAAGGUGGCAGAGGUGGAGGGUGAGCAGGUGGACAACAAAGCAAAACUGGAGGCCACGCUGCAGGAAGAGGCCGCCAUCCAGCAGGAGCACCGGGAGAAGGAACUGCAGAGGGCCGCAGAGGCAGCAAAGGACAUUGAGCUGGAAGGAGUGGAAGCUGCCACCCCUGGGAGGCCAGUGGUUGAGCCAAAGCCAGAGGUGCCUGAUGUGAUCCUGCCUGCAGAGGCCCUGAAGGAUAUUGCUCCAGUGCUAGAGGGUGUGAAGGAAGAGGAAAUAACUCAGGAAGAAAUUGAUGUCCUCAGUGACGCUUGCUCCAAGCUGCAGGAGCAGAAGUCCUCUCUGACCAAGGAAAAGGAGGAGCUGGAGCUGCUGAAGGAGGACGUCCAGGACUACAAUGAGGACUUGCAAGAGAUUAAGAAGGAGCUUUCUAAGACCGGUGAAGAAAAAUUAGUGGAAGAAUCUAAAGCCAGCAAGAGACUAACAAAGCGCGUGCAGCAGAUGAUUGGGCAGAUCGAUGGCCUGAUUGCACAGCUGGAGACGGGUCAGCAGGCCGGCAAGCUGGGCCCUGCCCAGGGCUCAGCUGUGGGGGAGAAUGUUGUCAGCGUCACUGAGCUCAUCAGCGCCAUGAAGCAAAUCAAGCACAUUCCAGAAAGCAAGCUGGUGAGCUUGGCCUCAGCACUGGAUGAAAACAAGGAUGGCAAGGUCAACAUCGAUGACCUCGUCAAGGUUAUCGAGCUGGUGGAUAAAGAAGAUGUCCACAUCUCCACUAGCCAGGUGGCUGAGAUUGUGGCCGUGCUGGAGAAGGAGGAGAAGGUGGAAGAGAAGGAGAAGGCCAAGGGCAAGGCUGAGAAGGAGGCUGCAGAGGUGAAGAACUAAGGGAGGUGCCCAGCUCACGCACAGCCCCGUGGGCGUCCUCUUCCUCCCGCACCGCUGCGGUGGGAUGAUGUGAGAGUGAUUGCUUUGAGGUGAUCUUAGUGGCAGAUCUAAUAUUUUGUCUGGAAUAAAUCAGAAACUUCUGUAAUCAAGUAAUUUUUAAUUUUCAUCAUUCCAUGAAGAUUAAGUCAGUCUGCAAUCUGGGAGCCUCCAGGGAGUUGUGUCUGGACUCACCUAGUGUAGUACUCAGUGGCCCCACAGAGGCCACCGACAGUCGCAGCAGGGGUGCCUCCCUGCACGUGCCUGUGCCAUCUCAGGGCCUGACCUGUGCUCUCUGUUCCCUGAAAGUGAGGACCACGUGGACUCCCAACGCCCAAGUGGAACUGGGCAGGUGCACCUCAUGUUUUCCGAGGUGCUGGGCAAGAAUCAGACACGAGCACAGCCCUCCUCAGCUCUGAAGAUCCUUCAGCUGGUCUGUGAACUUUGAUUCCUAAAAAUCUGUGUAAAUAGAUCGUCUGUUCCCACAUUUUCAAAGUCAUCUUUGUGUGACUCUUCUCGACAGAAGCGUCUGUGACUUCAGUGGCCUCUGGAAGUAGCACCUCUCCUGACAGUAGUGUCCAUGUCUUGAGUGGAUCCUGGGGUGUGUUUCCUGAGCUCGCUCUUGAUUCACCUUCGGUCUUCCCCGUCCUUAACUGACUAGUACAGGAUCUCUGCACUUGAGAGUCUGACUCAGGAGUAACAUCCAGAAUGAACUGCGGGGGAGACACACCAGUGCAGCCCUUGAGAAGGAAUCAUUUGCUAGGUGAUUGCCACACUGUUGGGGUCCAAGGGUUAGGCCUUCACCACAGCCUGGCUGGAGCAGGUUCUCUGGGAGCACAUGUGGGGCCCUUGAUGGCUUCCCUUGUGGAACAAACCCUGCCCACUGGAGGACGUGGCUGGAGGGGCCAUCGCCCACAGCUGGCCUCCUGGGCCAGGGCACCCAGAUGGUCUCUGCCCUUCAGCCUUUACAUGGCCCCACCAAGUCCUAUGAAGGUGGUCAUGUGAGUGAGCAGUGGCAUCUUGAGGGGCUUGCAGUGUGCCCCCCAUGUACUUAGGGGCGGGGUGGUGUCUCCAGGGCUCUGGUGGCCAGCAGCCUCUUCACACUUGGUGGCCCUGUCGGGGACAGUUCCAUGUGGGCAGGCCAGAGCUGGGUGUCCUGUGGCCUCUCCACCUUCCUGCUCCCCCAACAGCUGCACUUGUCCUUUGAGGCUGUGUGUUGCCAGCAAGAGUGCCCUUCUGGAGGGCUCCAGACAUAGGACCCAUGAAGCCAAGCUAGCCAGGGAGGGGGUUGCAGCACUCGGAGAUGUCAGUUUCUCAGUUACUUGGCUUUUUCCUUGGCCUUUAAAGAAGAAACUUGACAGAAUAGGAAUCCAGUUGUACAGUCUCACCUGGAGACACAGUCAGAAGCCAUGGGGCUCUGAAGGGCUUGUUUUCAGGCGUUGGAGAAGGGAGUGUUUUAGCCUUGGAGUGAUCUUUAUGAGUCACCUGCCCACACUCCAGCAGCCUCUGAGCUGUCAGUGUCCUUCCUUUUGAGGACAAGCUCUGGUUGCCAAAUGUGCCCCACAGGAGGGACGUCUUUCCUGUGAGCAGCACUAUGGGCCCAUCAGCUGUAUCCUCGUCCUGCGUGGCUUUGCCAGUAUUGUCAUCCCCUCUGCUCUGGAGUCUGCCCUCCCUGGUCAAGCAGCGCCUUGGGAUGUGGGCGCGCCUCCAGGUGCCAUUCGGACCUGCGUGGUGGCACACGUAUGGGUGGGAGGUUCUGGUGGGUGCACAUGUGGUGUUUGCAGGCCCUAUCCCCAAUGCCAUUCUGGAUGUGUUUUGUUGUACGGAAUCUUAUUUAUUGUAGCCAAGUCGGUGUCUGGGUGUGGUUGUAAGGAAUGAUGGAUCUAGAAGCCAGGGCCUUGUACGAUGAGGACCUGCCAUGGUGGCUGUGUCUAGCUGUCCACAGGUUGUGCCUGCCCUGCACCUGAGCACUCCACCUUCCUGUGUUUCUUGAAGCUGGGGUGUCCAUGCCUGUGAAGCAGAGUUCCCAGCACAGCAGUUCGAUGCGCCCUCCUCACGCCCUACACACCCACUUCUCAUGCAGGCACUGGGAACCAGUGUGUGGCAUCCGGAGGCCAUUGAAAUAUCACAGUGUAGCUUUUUAAACGUGUAAUUUCUGAAAAGCAGCCCCCAGGUGGUUCUUAUUGUGCCCCUGGCCAGCAGGGUGGUUCCUCCUGGGAACGUAAUGGGGGAGCAAGUUCUCUGUCAUCCUUUCAGGGUCCCAUGGGCCCCCAGCCGGGACUCUGUGUAAACACUUUUUGUAGAAAUGGUAUUUUUAUUUUAUUAAAACAUCAAGGCUGUGCUCCUGUAAUAUUUCUGAACCAUUUGACAUAAGUCAGAUGGAAACUCAGCCGUCUUAAGUGUCUGCCUUCAUGACGGCACUGUGGGCCCAACACUCAAGAUUCCAGAGGAGCCUUUGUCCUUUGAGGCUGUGUCCUUUGAGGCCCUGGAUUCAGGCCUCUUCUUUGUGGGACCUCUGAGACCCAUGUCCCCUUGUCCUAUGACACUGACAGGUUAUGUGGUGAUGUUUCAGACACCAUUCGAUGUGAUGAAAUGAUAUAAUAAAGUGCCACUUGAUGAUUGUC